GCUGGAAGCCAAUGUCUGUCCAGUCCUCCCUGCUAGACCCUUUUUGGGCAGGACCCUGGCAGAGGGAGAGCCCCUGCUGUGCAGGUCCCUUUGGAAGUCCAGGCUGCCUCCCCUCCCUCUCCCGCGGGCCCACCCACGCUCUCCUGGCUGCAGGCCAGCUGGCUGUGCCACCCACCCCGUGUUGGCAGAGGUCCUUGUGGGGCCCUGGGGGCUGGCCGAGCUCUGUGGGGCCAUGCUGUCUGCCCAGGACAGGACAUUCUGUGGUAGGAGGGGUCAUCAGGGCAGGGCUGGCAGGGUCCUCUGACCCUCCCUUUGUGGGACACUUGAAAGGGGGCUGGGAGCAAAGAGGGAUCCAAAACCAGGCCCAGCAGGCCUUCCAUGCCCUCCUGCCUGGGACUCAGGGACCCCAGGCAGGGGCAGGGUCUGCAGAGGGACCCACCUGCCUGCCCUGUUUCCCGCAAGACUGCCCUCCACACCCGCCUCUCCUGCCACACCCCCUUGGGAGGGGCACCCGCCAGUUCCAGGGGCAGUGGUUCGUCCUCGGCCUGGCGAGCAACACCUACAGACGGGAAGACCGGGCUCUGCUGAAUUCCUUCUCCACGACCUAUCAGCUCAACAAAAAGGGCCACUUUGAGGUCUCCAAUGCCAUGACCCGAGCCUGGCACGUUCAGCGAAGACGUCCAGGUGGUGGACAGCGACUACACCGCCUCUGCCCUGCUGCUGUCCGUCAGACGGUCGGGCGGCCAGGCCAUCAUCAGGAUCAGCCUGCUGGAAACUGGAACCUACCCCUGGGGACGCUGAGACGCUUCGCCUGCCUGGUGCAGGCUCAGGGCCUGACGAGGGACAACAUCGCCUUCCCGGCUGCGCUGGGUAACGGUGGGAAGGGAGCAGGCCGGCUGGGGGCAUGCAGCACGCUGAGGCACAUCCCUGGCCCUCCCUCCUGGCACCCAUCCCUCCCGCCCCAGGCCACCUGCCUGCUCCCCUCAUUGGCGUCCCUCCUGGGCUUUGCACACUGGUUCUCCCUCAUCUCUGUGCUGCUGUCCCUCACCCCUGCAGACCAGCUGCCCGAGCCUGCCUGCUGAACGUGCCUCCCCUGGCCCUACCCCUCCUCCACUGUCCACAUGAAUAAAGGCACUGUCCAGGACCCAGAGUGCCCGACGUGGCCUUGGGGUCGGUGAGAGGCAAGGGCAAAGGGGCCCGGGGCAGGGCAGGGUCACAAUGGGCCCUCCACCCCAGGACGGGCCCCCAGCUGUGUACCUCUCCAGGCAGAGCUCAGGGCCGCCAUGAGGGGCUACAUGGGGCCAGGGCACCCCUGAGCACGCAGGCAGGGCGGUCAGGGCCCAGGACAGGAGCAGGCCUCAGGUGGAGGACCCAGACUGGGAGGGUGGAGGUGGUGGGGCUUCCUCUCUGGGGAGUGGGGAUGAGCAGCCCUAGGCCUGGCCCCCACAGGCUGUAGAGAGGCGUGGGGAGUCACAGAAGGUUCCGGGCCACGAGCCAAGAUCCCCACCCCAGCCCUAACCAUGCACACCUGUGAGGUGACGGUCCACCCGCUGCCUUCUGCCCCACCCAGCCCACAAGGGCAGCCCCCGCUCAGCCCUCGUCUUGGGUCUCAGCCCCACCUCGCACCGGGCAAGUGGAGCAGGUCACCACCCAGGACCAGCCAGGUGGCUGGCCCUGCAGUCCCCGGCCUUGCUAGACAGCAAAAAACAUCCAGAGACGGCCCACCCGGGGCCUGACCGCACUACCACUCAGGAGGGGCCUGUUUAGAAAUCCCUGUGAAGGCAGACCUCCCCCCUGGGCAGUUGAGCCAGUUCUGGACACACUCCCUACUGGGCAGCUGGUGCAGGACCCAGGAAGUUUCUGGAAUGGGAUUGGGGCAGGGUCCGCAUAGGCCCUGUGCCAUCCCUGAUAAGCCCGACAUGACCAGCCCCAUCCGGAUGGCACCUCAGCGGGGCUGACCACACCAUCCCACGUGGCAUGUACCUGGCUGCCCGUCGCAAGCUGCACGCGGAGGAGCAGCCUCUUGGUCCUUCCUUCUGUCCCAGAUACUAGAUGGCAUCUGCCACAGAGACGGCUGUGAACGCCUGUCUGCUGUGUGAUUGCAUGGGUGCACGGUGGUGGUGAGUCUGUGGAGCCGGGGGUGGGGUGGAGGUGAAUGGAUGGGGUGGUGGAUG